AUGUCUUCUGAAGAUGUUCGCAUCGAAACUCUAGAAGAAGAUGGAAGUAGUGGAAGAGAUUCAAUAUAUUUUUCUACAAUCAGAAGUCGUCACGCUGACCAUUUCUUUGCUGAUAUGCUUAAUCAUAACACAAAAGAAGAGAAAAAAAGAGUGAUUCGAUAUCUUGAGUACGAUGAAAUCAAUUCGAUAUCUAUGCGUCCUUACCCAAAUCUUCUCCUUAACAAACUUUCAUUUUCCAAAGAUCUCAGAUCGUCUUCUGACAAAGCUCUUCUUCGUUUACCUGUCUUGAAGCAGGAAUUUCAUAAUGUAUCGCUGGAGUUGACAAGUGCUGAUGUAAUGGCACUUCUGUACACAAAAGAAUCUGAAAUGUUGAGUUUACUUCGAGUCAUCUGUGGAAUUCGCGAUUUGAGAGGAAAACUGUCUGGAGAUAUUCUAAUCAAUGGGCACAGAAUGUCAAGGGAUCGAUUGGAAAAGACUCUUGCAUUCGUGUCCAUGGAGCCACCUAUUUCUACUCUCACUGUCCGUCAGUAUCUUCAUGUUCAUGGAAAAUUCAAUCCACCAAUGAUAGAAAGAUAUGGAGGAGUUGGUCAUCUGGUAUCCUAUGCACUGGAGAAACCAGAAAUUAAUAAACUUCAGAUAAACAAACUGAUGACUGAUCUUGGCCUGAUGCCAGUAUGUGAUAUAAUCUGCAGUCGUCUGAAUCGAUCUCAAUGGGAAAGAGUCAAAGUGGCUGCUCAGUUAAUAAGAGAUCCUACGAUUCUGGUGAUUUCCGACGUUUUCAAGGAUAUUGAUGUUCAUGAUCAAUGCUUUUUGAUUGAGUAUCUCAGAGAAUGGGCAGUAAAAACUAAUCGGAUUGUUAUAAUGGCAGUGUCCCCAACAAGUCCACAAAUUCUGAAGAUGUUCUCUAAAACAAUGAUACUUGCUUCUGGUAGAGUCGUCUACUUUGGAGCUCCAAAAUCUAUGCAACAAUACUUUGAAUCUGUUGGCUGCCCUUGUCCGCCAUAUAAGAAUAUUUGUGACUAUUACGUUGACCUAGUAACUCAUGACAACUUGACAUCAGAUGCUUCUCGUGAAUCAUCAGUGAGGAUAGCGAGACUUGUGAAUAAAUGGAACCAGACUGCUCCUCCGGUAAGAAGAACUGCUAGUGGCAAGUUUCUUCUUGAUCUACCAUCAGCUGGAGUUCUAAGGAGAGCAUUUACUGUGUUGAGUCUCUUCUGGUUCAACUUCAGUAACAAUCGAGUGUCUCGGAUGGGAUUUGUUCUUUUCGUCUUUUCUUUAUCCACUAUUCUUUCUCUCUAUUUAUCAGAUCUCACAUUAACUCUCCCUGAUGCAUUUCUGGAUCGAAAUUCUUUUAUGGAUCUAGUUAUUCUAUAUUUUCCUAUGCUGUUGGGAUUGUUGAUAUUGAAGAAAAGUGAGUGGAAAUCUAUUAAAAUAUAUCUCAAUUUUUAUUUUCUAGGUCGACAUCGUCUGAAAGAAUUUCUGAAGUUAUAUUCAUUUCGAAACAACUGCUCGUCUCUGUUACUUGUAGUUUUGUCAGUAAUUGUUGAGCUACCAUUUACAAUGUUAACUUCCGCAGUUUUUGCUAUUCCAGUUUCCAUCUUCACAGAUUACCAACGGAAAUCAUCAAGCUAUGCAACUUCGUUUGUUUCCUUAUCUUCUACGAUGUUUCUCAAUAUCACUGUAACACAACUGCUUGCUAAUUCACUGUGCAGUUUACACAGCGAACCUUUAUCCUUUUUCUUUUCUGUAGUUUCGUGGUUUCUCUUCUUCAUCUCCACAGGUUUCCCGGUGCCAAUUUCUUCAAUGCUCAAAACGUUCAGUCCAGUUUUCUCUCCAUCCUUCUUCCUUUUCAAAUUUCUUUACGAAGAAAUUUUGCGAAUACAUUUUUUUUCAGAAAAAAUUAGAAUACUUUUCCAAAUUCGAUGUAUAUAUUUUUUAGCAAAAAUGGAGGAGUUGAACGAGGAUGAAUUGUUUGCUAGAUAUUAUGCAGCUAAAAAGCAAUUUAAAAAAGUCAAAAAGUAUCUCACUUUCAAUGAGCGGAUUGCACAAAUGGGUGGUGAUAAUGGUCGAUUUUCGCGAAAGUUAACUGCAGACACUUCCUACGAAACGUAUUUCGAAGAUGCUGUUGAAAAUUGGAGAGGAGAGGACCAGGGUCCAGAUCUUCAAGAAUUUAUCAUGGCCAUUCAAGUGAAAGAUAUCAAGACAUAUGCUCAAUUAUUGCACAGAUCGGAUGAGAUCUUCAAUGUUCUCUGCGAGCACCUAGCAAAACCAGAAUCACGCUCGAUUCCUGCAUUGUGUGGAAUUCUUUCAGCUCUUGCACGAGAUCUUCGAGAGAAUUUCAAUGGACACUGUUGGAAAUCGAUAGAAAUUCUGGUCAAUCUUUUAGAUCUUGGUGAAAGAGUGGCCGAGAACAUGGAAGCUGCCUAUCUCUGUUUUUCGAUUCUUGUUAAGGUUCAAGCCAAUUUUCUUGCAAAACAACUGAAAAAAUCGUUCACAAAUUUUCUACCGCUAUUCGCUAGUAGCAGAGACUUUGCCCGCCGAUUCGCUGCUGAAGCGUUUGCGUAUCUUCUUCGCAAGUCGACUGAUUUGCGAUCAAUUUCCGGAUUCGUAACGAAACAAUCGUUCAAAACACCCCAUAACUAUCUUUCUGACGGUUGUGCUCUUCUCUUCUACAACACUUUUGUUGGAAUCGCUGGAAAUUUUCAUAGCAAUUCUGAGCAGCUAUUCAGAGAUAUCGUUCACGCUCUCGUUCAUGCCGAGUCUGAAGAUGUUGAGAAAUCUGAAGAGUUUCAUGAUUUUUGUGUCAAAAUUCUCAUGCAGAUGGUUGGGUACACAAUUGAAUACGCUAGAAACUCUACCAACGACAAACGAUUCUUUUAUCAGAAUGUUUUGACGACUAUGCUUGGAGAAUCGAAAACAAUGAAAGAGGUGAUCAGUUUGAUGCGUUUGCUCCAUCCUUGCAUUGUUCUGAAAAACGAAGAAUUGAUGAAUGAAGUGACCAAGAAGAAGAAGAAGAAAGAGAAAGAUAAUAAGAAAAAUAAGGGAAAGAAUGAGCUGAAAAAGGCGGAAAAGGUGGAAUUCGUUUGUGUGACCGAGCUGAAGAAAAGUCUUGAGAACGCAGUGAAAGUUGCGGAUUUUGAAUUGGAACAUUAUUCAGUAGAUUUUAUCAGCGAGACACUGCUGACCAUUUUCAACGAUGACAAAAAUCGACUGUUUUCAAGAGAUAUUGCACUGAAGAUUGUGGAAAAAACGAAAAACUACCAAACCAUCAUUGAACUUUUGUUGAAGACCAUUAACCUGGAAUCCUUUGAUUUGUACAUGAUGCCUGCGCUGGGAAAAAUUGCAACAGAGAUUAUCAAGAAUCCGGAUAAUAGCAGUUUAAUGAAACAAAUCGUCAGUUUCUACUCAAUUCUGUGCUCGACCAGACGCCCGAUUAGAGAAACUGUGGACAGAGAAUCUCGAUCCAACUUCUUCGAUCUUUCCAACCAUUACCCUUUCAGAGAUUGGCUUGUAAACAAUUUCAAAUUUGAAAUUCGCAGAACGCUCAGCUUUGAAUACAUCAUCGACAUGGUUGUGGCGUGGCCCUGGCUUUAUUCGCAAGCUGAUUCUGUAAAGGGAUCGGAAGAUAUCCUCGACACUCUUCUGGAAGCAAUCCAGUCUUCAAAUACAAGCAUUCUGAAUGGUCAACUCGUUAACGCAUGCACGGCUGGUCUUUAUUUAACCAAUAAGAACUUGUUAAAGAAAGUACCAAAGGAAGAUGUUGAGAAAUUCCUGGAGCGUCAAAAGUGCUCUGAAUCUUCGCUUCUUGCUUUCGAAAUGUUUGUUUCUGUGUACGGAGUCUCUCGAGAAGUGGAACACAUGAACAAAGUGGUUGAUUUGCUUUUCCCUGCCAUUUUCAGUUCUAAUGGUCUAGUUCGGCAGAAGGUCUUCAAGAUUUUGAGCAGUUUUGAGCUACCGCUACCUAAAAUUGUCGAUGAAGAAGAAAACGUUCGUCAACAAACGAAAUCAGUAUUCGAAGUUCUGUAUGAAGCAGAGGACAGCGAGCUAACCAACUUCCGAGAACGUUUAUUGCAUCUCCGAAAACUUCGUCAUGGGGAUCAUAAAGAGUUUAUUCCGAUUGGCUCCAGCGAAAAAGUUGAAAUGAUGAUUGUUGCUGAUUUGGUUUCCCAGUUCUUCGUCGGGUUCUCCCCACUCUGGAAAGGAGUUUACGAAGUGUUGGCAACUUUCGCGAAUGAAAUGAAUAUUGACACUUUCUGGAAUGUCCUGAAUUUAUGGAUCAAUAAUGUUAAUGAUAACAUCAACAAUGGAGAGCGGGAAACGGAGAAAGGCAGGCUUGUCGGCAUCGAUCAAACGAAUCGUUCCGAUUUUGUGAAUGCCAGAAUGCAACUGUUCAAUUUCAUGGAAACCAUUCCAGAUGUUGUUGAAAGAAGAACACGAGUUAUCAUUCCAGCUGCAAAGUCUGUUUAUAUGGAGCCGCAAAUUCUGCAAAUGUAUGAACAACUUCUUGGAUCACGUUAUGAGAGUAUUCAAAAAGCUGCGCUCUCUUGUAUCUUCUCGUACAGAAACACGAUUCUUGCCAAAUAUCGCGAGAAUUUGGCAGCUUUGAUUGACGAGAAAACACUCAGACAAACCCUUCCGUCGUUUAAACUGUCCAAUGACGAAGGUGACGUUCAGGUAGCCGACGAGCAUCGAUCAGUCGUUGUGCCGAUACUUUUGCGUUUGCUUAGUGGAAAGUUGCUCAUCAACAACAAGCAGAAAGGCAUGAUUUCACGACGAAAUGGAAUCAUUUACAUCAUUGGUGGAUGCCGUAGCGACGAGCUGACGUUCUUCCUUCAGCUAUUUUUCAAGCAAGUCUACAAAGUUUUUGGUGAGAAAUCGCUGUUUGGAUGUGGAAAAUUGAAUUGUCUGUUUGGCCAAGGAGAAACGUUUGAGGAUAUCGAGAAGAAAUGCUCCAAAUUAUUGUUCCUCACAAAUGUUCACAUCAAAGUAUUCCAGAAGUAA